AUGGCCUCAUCGCCGCUGCUCAUCUCGGCGACACUAGAAUGGGCCGAAACAGAUGGUGAUUCUGACGAUUCGAACCGGGGAUAUGGCCUCAUAGGCGCUUGGUUCCUCGUCUAUGUCGGCAUAGCAGUGUCGACUGGCCAGUACCAGCACCUGACGUUCCGCGCCAUCACCAUGGCCCGUGGACAGCUCAUAUCAAUGCUCUACGACAGGGCUACAGAUAUCAGCAUCACGGCCGCGGACCCUACCGCAGCCCUGACCUUGAUGAGUGCCGACAUUGAGAGGAUCGACACGGGGUGGCGCACCGCCCACGACGUCUGGGCCAACCUGGUCGAGAUUGCCGUUGCAAUAUUCCUGCUGGAACGCCAGCUCGGAGUUGCGUGCCUUAUCCCUGUUGGUGCAGCAAUUUUCUCCAUCAUCGGAUCUGUCAUUGCCGUCAGCUUCGUCAUGGCACGCCAGGCCCAGUGGCUCGAAGCCAUUGAGAGGAGGAUAGCCGUAACAUCACAGAUGCUGGGGUCCAUGAAGGGCGUCAAAAUGUGUGGUCUGACCGACGUCCUCGGCACUCAUAUCCAGGCCAUGCGGAUGGAGGAGCUGCGAAUUUCCGGCAAAUUCCGGAGGUUGUUGAUUUGGAAUAUGGGCUUGGCCUAUUUUGCUCCCACCUUCGCCCCCAUCCUGACUCUCACUGCGUACAGUCUGAUCGCCAGGUCUCGUGGAGGAGAUUCUAACCUGGACACAAACCGCAUCUUUACAUCGUUGUCGCUGUUUGCACUUCUGCAGGAGCCUCUGACUUCAUUUGUUACGUCGCUUUCUUCUCUGAUGGGGUCUAUUGGAAGCUUCGUGCGCAUUCAGUCUUUCCUCGGCACCGACGUCCGUGUCGACGGCAGAGUCCUCCAACGUGGCAACAAAAGUGUCAGCCCUUUGGACUCUGCAUCCUCAAGCAGCGGCCACGAGGAGAAGUCUCCCCCGUCCAAGGAAGAGCCCAAGCUGCCGCAAGAUGUGUUGCCCAAUUGUUCGCUGAACGACAACGUGGUCGUUGUAGAGGCCGGCUCUUUUGGAUAUGACACUACCAAAAAGCCCACACUGAGUGAAAUCAAUGUCCACGUUCCCCUGAGCAAGCUCACUCUUGUGGUGGGGCCAGUCGGCAGUGGCAAAUCGACUCUUCUGAAAGCAUUCCUCGGAGAAGUGGCCAUCACGGCCGGGUCUGUCAAGAUCUCGAGCUCCGAGAUUGCCUACUGCGACCAGACUCCGUGGCUCAUGAACGGUACAGUGCGAGACAGCAUCAUCGCCUUCUCACCCGUAGACGAGCGCUGGUAUCAGCAAGUGCUAGACGCUUGUGCUUUGCGGGAAGAUCUCGUGCAACUCCCCAGGGGAGACCUCACCACGAUAGGAAGUAAGGGCAUCGUGCUCAGCGGAGGCCAAAGUCAACGGAUCAGUCUCGCAAGAGCUGUGUACGCACAGAAAGAUGUUAUCAUACUAGAUGACGUCUUCAGCGGAUUAGAUGCGCACACUGAGAAUGCCGUCUUCCACAACCUCCUUGGUACUCAUGGCAUUCUGCGGCAGUUCAAGGCGACCGUCAUCAUUGCCUCUUCUCGUGCCAACCGGCUCCCCUACGCCGACCAUAUCAUCAGCCUCGACGGCACUGGCAUAGGCUGCGAGCAGGGAAGUUUAGACAAGCUGACCAGCUCUGGCGGCUACGUGUCUCGAUCGCUCAUGUCAUCGGCAGACAGGAGAGACGAGCCAGUCCCCGCUGCUGUUGCUUCUGCUGAGCCGCCGGCUGAGGUCUCGGUGAACUCAGAAGUAGCCCUUCUCGAGGACAUGGAAGAUGGGGCCAGUCGUCGCACCGGAGAUGUAGCAGUUUACACGUACUAUAUCCGCGCCAUCGGCAGGAUCCCAACCUUGAUCUUUGCCGUCUGCAUCUGCGCCUUCAUCUUCUGCCAAUCCUUCCCCACCAUCUGGCUCAACUGGUGGGCGGCUGCCAACGCCAAAGACCCAUUCGCACGCCUUGGCUACUACUUGGGCAUCUAUGCGAUGCUGGGUGGGCUGGCCAUACUCUUCCUAGUCUUGAGUACCUGGCAGAUGAUUGUCACCAUGGUACCGUUGUCGGGAAACAACUUCCAUCAGAGCCUGCUCAAGACGGUGCUCAACGCUCCAAUGUCCUUCUUCGCCGCCACUGACGCCGGCAUCACUAUUAAUCGCUUCAGUCAGGAUCUUCAGCUCAUCGACAUGGACUUGCCCCUCUCAGCACUCAACACCUUUGCCACGUUUGUGCUGUGCAUCGCCGAGAUGAUCCUGAUCGCAGCUGGCUCGUACUAUACGGCCAUUGCAUUCCCUUUCCUGUUUGCGGCGCUGUGGGCGGUCCAGCACGCUUAUCUACGAACGUCUCGCCAGCUCCGAUUUCUGGACCUCGAGGCAAAGAGCCCGCUCUACGCUCUCUUCACCGAGUCCGUCACCGGUCUGGCGACGCUGCGAGCGUUUGGCUGGCGCGGUGCCCUCGAGAAGAAACACCACGAACUGCUGGACCGGUCGCAGAGGCCUUUCUAUCUUCUCUACGCCGUCCAGCGUUGGCUGACGUUUGUCCUCGACAUGUUUGUCGCCGCCAUCGCCGUGCUGGUCAUGGUCCUCGUCACCCAGCUGAAGGACGUGCUACCGACCGGGCUGAUCGGUGUGGCUCUCGUCAAUAUCAUCCUGUUUAGCCAGCACCUCAAGCUGUUGAUGACCUUCUGGACAAACCUGGAGACUCAGAUCGGCGCGAUCUCUAGGAUCAGAUCCUUCACGUCCCACACGGCUUCGGAACACGAACCGCAGGAAAAGGAACACCCACCGCCUACGUGGCCGUCCAAGGGAGCCAUUGAGUUUGAGAAUGUCUCGGCCGGAUAUAGGCAGUCUGAACAUGUCUUGAAAAACAUAUCCAUAUCGAUCGAGGCAGGGCAGAAAAUUGGUAUCUGCGGACGGACUGGAAGUGGUAAGAGUUCCAUGGUCUCGUGUCUCUUCCGCAUGGUAGACCUCCACAGUGGUCACAUAACUGUGGACGAGCUCGACAUCAGCACGCUGCCCCGUGAGCAAGUUCGCGCCCGGCUAGUCGGCGUGCCGCAAGAUGCAUUCCUCAUCGAUGGAAGCAGCGUGCGAUUCAACGCCGACCCUUCCAAACAACUCGCGGAUGCUGCCAUUGAAGAUUCUCUGAGAGCUGUUGAGUUGUGGGACAUUGUAGCCGAAAAGGGCGGGCUUGAAGUGCCCAUCCAGGAGCUGCACCUUUCGCACGGCCAGAAGCAGCUCUUUUGCAUUGCGCGGGCUAUCCUGCGUCCCUCCCCCGUUGUUGUUCUUGAUGAGGCCACAAGCAGUGUGGACUCUCACACCGACGAGCUCGUCCAGCGUGUCUUGCGCGAGCGGUUCGACAAUCGCACAGUGAUUGCCAUUGUCCAUAAGCUCGAGUCGGCUCUGGAUGACUUCGACAUGGUCGCUGUUCUUGACUCAGGCGAGCUGCGGGAGUUUGGACCUCCGCGACAGCUUCUGGAAAAGGGGGCUGGGGCGUCGGCUUUUGCUGCUCUGUACGAAAGUCAGGCCACGGACAAGAAGGAAAGCAAAGCGAGUGACUAA